GCUCCACCCCGACGCGCAAAAACCUUUAAAGGCAGCGCCGCCAGCCACCCCACGUCCAGAGCGCCAAGCACCAGCGGCGGCGGCGGCGGCGCGGCGGCAGCCAUGGCGGUCGGCAAGAACAAGCGCAUCUCCAAGGGGAAGAAGGGCGGGAAGAAGAAGACCGUCGAUCCCUUCUCCAAGAAGGACUGGUACGACAUCAAGGCCCCGUCGGUGUUCAGCGUGCGCAACGUCGGCAAGACGCUCGUGUCCAGGACACAGGGUACCAAGAUUGCCUCUGAGGGUCUGAAGCACAGAGUUUUUGAGGUCUCCUUAGCUGAUCUUCAGAGUGAUGAGGAUCAGGCUUACAGGAAGAUCAGACUUCGUGCGGAAGAUGUACAAGGGAGGAAUGUGCUCACAAACUUUUGGGGCAUGAAUUUCACCACUGACAAGCUCAGAUCACUGGUGAAGAAGUGGCAGACGCUCAUUGAGGCUCAUGUUGAUGUCAAGACCACUGAUAACUACAUGCUUCGCCUGUUCUGUAUUGGCUUCACCAAGAGACGCCCCAACCAAGUAAAGCGCACCUGCUACGCUCAGGCCAGCCAGAUCAGACAGAUCCGCCGCAAGAUGGUUGAGAUCAUGGCCAACCAAGCCUCUACCUGCGACUUGAAGGAGCUGGUAUCCAAGUUCAUUCCUGAAGUCAUUGGCAAGGAGAUUGAGAAGGCGACAUCAAGCAUUUUCCCUCUCCAGAAUGUGUUCAUCCGCAAGGUCAAGAUCCUGAAGGCCCCCAAAUUCGAUCUGGGAAAACUCAUGGAGGUCCAUGGUGACUACAAGGAAGAUGUUGGUGUGAAGCUGGAAAGGCCUGCUGAAGUAGAUGAAGCCAUCGUUGGGCAGGAGGUUGCUGCCGCCGAGUAGGGAUAGUGUGUAUCGCUUAUUUUGCUGCCUUUUAUGUUUAGGAGAUAUAUUACCACCUUUCUAAGUUCGUGACAUGAACUUCCCAGUCAAGUUUUGAUGCCUGCAUUCCUGAACACUUUGUCGAGACCUAUACAGUGUCGGCUUGAUUUCGUAUGAAAACUGAAGAAUGUUUCCAGGGCAA